CUUUACUGUCACGUCUGUAUACCCUCAACAAGAGAUAUUUUAUUGAGAAAGUCCCUCUUCAAAAAUAAUUUGAAACCUGCAGAUACAUUAUGAUCCAUACUUUAUUAAUUAAAAAAUAUCUUAAACAAUAUAAUCCUUUGUUAUGCCAUUAAUUUGAUGUCGUUGUUAAUACUAUAAAACGAAAAAAUGGUUAUGAAUUUCGGUCAGUGGUCCAUUCGGCUCGUAUUCAACACAAACAUAACCUAUAUCCUUUGAUGGAGGUUUUCCCGAAUAAUGGCUCGAAACAAAUCUGAAUUGGAGGCCGCAAGACAACUGACCAUCCUUAAUAAUCCAUGUUUUGAGGAGUCAGAGAAAACGCGAAAGUGCCUAGAGAAGAAUAAUUACGAUCGUGAUAGCUGUUCUCCAUACUUUGAGAACUUCAAUCAAUGCAAGAAAUUUUGGAAUGAGGUGAAGUGGUCCAGAAGAGCUAAAGGAAUUCAACCAGAGUUACCUCAUCCCGACGAACGACCGAAAAUAAGGGCUGAGUACAUGGCGAAAUUACAUAGACACUAGGCUUGUAGAAACUAGUAAUAAAAUAUCCCAAUUACAUCAUCAA